CACAGAUAUAAUCAAUGUUCCCGUGCUUGGUUUGGUUGUUAAGACGGCAGAUGACGGUUGAUACGAUUGGUGGAUGAGUAGAGUUCAAAACGUCGUUUACUCAGUGAACGUGAAAUUCAAUUUUUUUCCCUCAAGUCUCAACAUCAUCGCUGUUUGUCAUUGUAAUACUAGUUAUUUCAUUUGUUAGGUCUAUGGUUUUAAAUACUUGAACUUUGAACUAUUUUUUAAUUUAUAGUCAAUAUUAUCGUAGUAUUAUCGCGUUUUGCCGGAGGUUCGAGACGAUCAUGUUUAUGUGGUUAGCUGUUAUUCCGAUAAGUAAUAAUAAUAAUAAAAAACAGACGUCAGAUAACAGGCUCGAAAGCGGUUAUUACGAAUAAUCGGUUUUGCUUUAUAGCUUUGCAAUUCAAGAAAUAUUUAAAGAAAAAUAAUAUUAUAAUAAUAGAUCAUCAGGUACUUAUAGUAAUAUCUAAAUGGUAUUUAAAUUAUUGAUAAAAAAAUAAUUAUACCUAAAUCUAAUGUAUUGUAGCACUGCCAUAAAUUUAUUUAUUUUUUUAGGCAAAAUGACAUUAAAUUUCGACAAAAUGGAUUCGCUGGAAGAUUAUUCUUCCAAAGUUUUAUUUUCGGUAAUUGACUUACCUAAAAGUCCUAUGGACUUUGAUAGUGAUUUCGAAAACUUGGAUGCUUUGUGUCAGUUUGUACGAAAUAGUUACUUGAAUUAUCUACGAAAAACAUUAAUGGAAAAUAUAAAUGAGUGCCAAAAACAACACGAUCCUCAUGUUCUACAAUGUGUGGACAUAUGUAUGGCAGAAAUGGAGAAAAUAGCCUUAAAGCGGUGUAUGUUAGCUAGUAUUUAUCGCCAGGACAUGUCUAGCAUGGUACGUUUAUGUUUUUAAAAUAUUUUUUUUUAUCUGUUUUUGUAAUUUUUUCAAAUUGUAUUAUAAAAAUUAACUAAAUUUAUUGAUAUUUUUCAUCUUUAAAUAGUAUUGAUAAUUUGGGAAAGUUUUUAACAUUGUAAUGAUACACUAUACCUCGGUUACCUUAUAAGUUAUUUUCUAAAUAAAAUGCAUUUUGAAAUUUAAAUUAAUUAAUAACACUUAGCUAAAAAUUGUAUAGAAUAAUAUUACUUAGUAAAUUUAAUGCUUUAGAUGCAUUGACACUACUAAAUAUAUAAAUAUAUGUUAAGGUUAAAGUCAAAAUACCAGUGAAAACUAGGUUUUGCCGACUAUUGUUUUUGGUGAAUAUUUGAAUUUCCGAUUUCGAAUGUACUAAUUUUGGACAUCUAUCAAUUAAUUUCAGUAAAACCUAGAAUAUACAAUAUAGUUUAAUUUAUUGUAACCCUGAACGAUUUCUGUAGUUUGGACUUUUACAAAUGAGAUUUGGUAAAUCUUAGGCUAAGUAAUUAAUGUUGAUUGAUGUGAAAUUUCAUUAUUUAUUUUUACUUUUCGUGUGGUUUUCUGUUUUGCUUAUACUUGGAUAUUAUUACAAUAUUAUACAUUAAUUAUUAUUAAAUAUUACUUCGAAAAUUGAAUACAUUUUAGGUACUUAUAUUUUUAUUACAAAAAUCAAAAAUGAUUAUUUAUUAUUAAUUUUACUAUGAUCAAGUUCGAGAAUUUUUAUUUUAAUAUAAUUCAUGACAAAUGCCAAGUAUAUUAUUUGAAAACGGUCUAAUUUAAAAUUCCAGAAAUGGAUAUCAAUAAAGUUGCACAUAAAUUACUUGCUAUGGUGUUAAAAGUUAUGGAUAGCAAUUUUUAUCGCCUAGGUGACAAAUUGGAUACAAAUUCUCAACUUUUUACUAAGAAUUAAUUUACCUUAUGCAAAGAAAAUUUUUCAGAAUUGAUAAUGACUCCUAAAAACAAAAUUGGAAUAUGUUUGGUAGUAUUGCAACUUUCCUUAUCCGGUAGAAAAUUUUAAGACAAAUCAAUGAAAAUUUUGAUCGAAAAAUAGUUAUAUAAUUCAAGAUGUAACAGUAGCUAAAUCUAUAGAAAUAAUUAUUCUUACUAUAGUUAAUAAUGUAGGUCCAAUAUUGUAAUAAUCUACAAGUACUUAAUGUAUUUAUUUAUUGUAAUUAACACCCGUGAGGGGUAAAGUUUCAGUAGUAUAACUUAAGACUAAUCUAACAGUGAACAUAACACAUAAUACCAAGUAUAUAUAUAUAUAUGUACCAAUUCAAGUUUCUAAAAUCUUAAUUUUAAAUAAUGUGUAGCAUACAAUAAAAUUGUUUAUUUUCUAAACAGAUUAGCAAAGUGAAGACAUCUACUCGGAAUUCCAUGUUGUAUGUUUCGCUUCAGCAAAUAAUUGAGUCGAAAAAUCAAAAACCAUUAUUGAAUAAAUAUUAUGGCAUAGAAAAUACGCGAAAACAAUCAGUAGAUGUUGGAAUUACUACCGAACAAAAUUUGAAUAAGGUAGCAUCAUCGACACAAACUGAAAAUUUGAUUGCAACAAAUAAUAAUUUGACUAGUAAUAAACCUGGUCGUUUGUUUACUAAACAUAUUGCUACAGUUAAUGGGAAUAAGUCUAAUUUACCUCUUUGUUCUUCUGUUAUGAAAUCUAAUGGAAUUGAAUCAGAAAUGCUUUUUGAGAAUUUAAAUCACAUGUUAUCUACAGCAAGUUCUCCUCUAUCUAGAGAAAUUAAUGUUGGUCUUGCUGAAAAUUCAAAUCCUCAACAGAGUUCCAAUACAAAUGAUUUAUUAAGUAUAAAUUUAUUAUUGAGGGAUCUUCAAGAUUCACCUGAAGUUGAGUCUCCUAGAUUAGAAAAUAAUUUAAUAAAUGUACAGUUAGAAACUGUAAAUCAAAAUGUUUUGGAGGAAUUGCCUGAAUUACCUGAACCUAUUAUGGUUCAUCCAAGUACUAUUCGUCCAAAACAAAUUAGUAAAAUUCUAGGGGACAAACUAAAAUGUGAACGAAUUGCUAAAGAAUAUGAAUUUCUAAGGUCUAUGAAAGAUAUACCUCAGGAACUACAUACAAGACUGAAUAAUAAAUUUAUUUUACUAUUUGGAAGAGGUCAUAACUAUGACAAUGAUCCAUUAUCUGAAGAAGAACAACAUGCUAUAGCACAUAAAAGGAUUGUAAAACUAGUUGUUCAAUUUAUGACACCUUAUUAUAAUGAACAACGUAUUAGCAGACGAAUGUUUAAGAGUCUUGCUAAAAUAAUUUCAAAGACACUUAUGGAUCGAUCAUAUGACCCAGGUAAUAAUAUUUUAUUUAAAAAGUUAUUAUUAAUUAUUUGUGUGCUAAAAUUUGUAGUGAAUUUUCAAAGUUGUUAUAAAUCAAUAUCAAGUUUAAACUAAACUGUUUAACUGACAUGAAACAUGUUAGUUAUUUAAGUUAGAGUAAAACUUAUUUUUAGAUUUUAUAUUUAUAUAUAAAGGUAACAAUGAUACAUGUCAUAUUUCAUAAUCAUUUGGUUUUGUCAGCAGACAGCCUUAAAAUAAAUUGUGUUAUGCUUCAGUUUUUGUUUAGUUUAUUUCAAUUGAAUAAGUUUAAUGUUAACACUUUCAAUUUAUACAAUUUUUUAAUAAUAAUAAUAGUAUAUUUGGUCAUAAAAAGAUUAAAAUAAUAUACAAAUUAUACAAUAUAUGACAUCCCUCCCUUGGGGUGGGUGAGCUCAAAAAGUCAGACAAAAAAUAAUAUAAUACAUACAUAAUGAAUUUAACUCAAAAAUUAACACUUCAUUUUUGUAAAACAAUAUAAAGUUUUUUAAAACAUAAUAAAAAGUGAAAAAUUGCUUAGAAAUUAACAUUAUUUAGAUUUAUUAUAAUAUAUAAGUACUUAAUUAAUAUGUACCUAUUUUGUUUAAAUGUUGAUGAUAUCAACAUUUAAUUGUUUACAUAAAUCUAUUCCUACAUUGACAGUAUUAAAUUUUCAAAGUGUUUAUUCACUUUUAUAUAAUUUAAGUUACUUGAUGUUUUUAAUCUUGUAUCGUAAGAAUGGUAUAGUUGAAACAUCUUAACAUCAUUUUUAAAAAAGUGUAGUAAUAUAUUCAUAUAAUAAAGUGCUUUUAAAUUCAAUACUCUAAAUUCAUUAAACAAGUUUAGUGUAGGAUAUAACCUUGGCUUAUGUAAAAUUAUCUUUAUUAAUCCAUGCAUUGCAAUUUGUAGAUUCUUGAGAUGAGUAUUAUAUGUUCUGUCCCAGAUCUUUAUACCCUAAAUAAAUAUUUAUUGUGCAAGUGAAAAAUAGAGUGUUUUUAAUAUCAAAGGACUCAGAAUUUGUCUUAAGUUUUUAAAAACAUAAAAUGGUUUUCUAAUUAUUGCAGUUAUAUGCUGAAUUAGAUAGGACUAUUUACAUUUUUCGUCAACUAUUACUCCCAGAUACUUAAUUGAGCUAAAAUUUUGAAUGCCUAUGCAUGAACAGUUCUUGUCUAAAUUUAAACAGUCAAAUCUAUGUAUAAUUAGUAGUUUUGUAAAAUUAAGUGUUGCAUUUGACAAACAAAAAUACAUAUACUUAGAUAUAUUUAAGUUAAGCUGUAGCAUAUUAUUAUUCAACCAAGUUUUAGCUAUUUUUAGACACAAAGUAAACAAUUCAUUUACACUUUUUGCUUUACACAAAAUAACAAUAUUGUCAGCAUAUAAAAUAAUAAAUCCAUUUAUUUUAAGAUUUAAUAAGUUAUUGAUGUAAAUAAUAAAUAGAAUUGGGCCAAGGACCUUACCUAGAGGGACAUAAAGUUUUGCUAUUAAAGAAUUACUAUAUACAUCAUUGAUUUUCACUACCUGAGAUUUAUUAGUUAGGUAUGAAGUAAAUAAAUUAAGAGCUUUUUCUCUGAUACUAUAACACUCUAAUUUAUUAAUCAAAAUUUAAUGAUCAACUAAAUUAAAUCCUUUUUUAAAUCUAAAAAAAUUCCAAGUAUUUUUCUAUUAUUAUGCAAACUUGUAUAUACAAAGUUAGAAAGAUAAAUUAUUGCGUAUGUUGUAGAUCUUCCUGUUCUGAAACCAAAUUGGUUGUUUGAAAAAAAAAAUAAGUUUUUUUAAAAAAUCUAAUAGCUUAUCUUUUAGGCAUUUUUUUAAAUAUUUUGGCAAUGGAUAAAGUUAAAGAGAUUGGUCUAUAAUUGCUGCAGUUUUUUUUGUGACCAUUUUUGUUUAAGUUUUUGUUUAACAUUUUUUUAAAAUAUUGAGGAAAGAUACCUCUACUAAUUGCUAGAUUUAAAAUAAUGGCUAAUGAAAUUGAAAUAUACUUAGCGGUUUUUUUUCAAUACCUCGUUUGAAAGUUUAUGUUAAUAAAAAGUUGUCGAGCACUUUAACCUUGAGAUAUAUUUUAUUAUAUCUUUCACAUCACAUGGAAAAAUAAAUAUAGAAUGAUUAAUAUGGCCGCCGACCUGUAGUUCAGUAUGAUUUAAUUUCAUAUAUCCAUUAUCAUUUUGUUUAGCAAUAUUUAUACCAACUGUACUGAUAUAAUUAUUGAAUUCACUAGCUAUUUCAAAUGUAUCAUUAAUGAUUGUAUUAUUAUUAUUAUUAUAAUUGUAUAUUUGAUUAAUAGGGAUAUAACUAUUAUUUUUCCUGCCUGUAGAUUCAUUAAUUAUAUUCCAAGUUUCCUUCAUAUUGCCAUGAAAACUCCAUGAAUUUUUAUCAGUCACAACAAGAAAAUGUUAAUUCUUUAAUUUAACCUAACUAAAAAUGGUUUAAUCUAUAUGAACAUUUUAGUACAUUCAAUUUUAGUUUUUGCUGCAUAAAAUAUAUAUGCAACAAAUAUGUUUAUUAAUGAUUUAUAUUAAAAAGCUUUCACACAUGUCUGUGCGGUGCUAAGAUUUUUUUUAGGUAAGGCCAAAAGAGGCCAACAAUUAUAAAGUAGGGCCACGAAAAUAUGAGAUUUUAACAAAAAAAAAAAAAUACACUACAGAUAGUCCAAAUAGGUAAAUUAUUAAAUAUAUUUAUAUAUAUAUAUUAUAUAUUCAUCAUAAAACAUAUUCAAUAUAAGUAUCUAUGAAUCAUAAAUGUAUAGAUGUGUAUUACAGACAAAAGUAUCUCAACAACUAAAUAUAGAAAUAUAUUGAUCAUAUAUAAUAACUAUAAUAAUGAAUUCUAUCAUCUCACCAAUUUAAAUGGACUCUCGUAUUACAUUCUGAAAUAGUAUAGCUGAACUUGGUUACAUAAAAAUCAACAUAGAAAUGUAGGAAUAAUAAAUAGGAACAUUUAGUCUUAAAACUUUUAGGAAAUCCAAAUAAAAUUAUAAUACAUUUUCUUAUUUUUAAAAUAGAAACGAUUAGUUGAAAGCAAACUAAAUAUUUUAAAUUAAUUUUCAAAAAUUAAAUAUGCUAUACUACGUUUUGGAACUUAGAAAUUUAUACAAAUAAAGGAUGAUGGACUAUAAUUAAGUAACAAUAAAAAAAAAAAAAAUGACAUAAUAUCGAUUUCGGCUGAAAUUGGAUAUACGACUUUUUGUAAUUGGGUGACUCAAUUAUCAUUUAAUAUAAUAUAGUAGUAUAUUAAAGUUACAUAUGGUAAAAAAAUAAUAUUAUUUUCUACUUAUGUAAAAUUAUUAUAAUAUUUUUAUAUUAUUAUGUCAAAAGGUCAGGCCAGUGGUAGGGCCAUGGCCCUACCUGGCCCGUUCCUGGUGCCGCCACGGGUUUGGUCUAACAAUUUUAUAGAUAGAGUACCUAUCAAAUAAAAAUUACAUACAAAUCUCACAGAAAUUAAAACGUUUAUAAAUUGCUCACAAAUUUAAAAAAAAAAAAAAAGCAAAUAUAAGUUUUCUGUCUAAUAUUUUUAACUGAAUUACGAUAAAAAGUAAAAUUGAAAAUAAUAAAAGCAUUAUUUUCGUAAAUUUUCCUGUUUUUAUUAGGUUUUAUCGUGGGUUUUCCUGAUAUUAUGAAAAUUGCUUAGAUAAUCAAAACAUAACCUUUUUAAAGUACCAUUUAUUCAUAUUGACAAUAUUUUCUUUCAAAACAGUGCUACACUCUUAUGUAUUGAAGCAAGAUUUCUGGUAAACAUUUUUGUGAAAAAAAAACAUCAUUGUAAAUACUAUAGGAUCUAACAUUCUAAAAUUUAAAUUUAACUAAUCAUUUCCAAUUUUGAUUCUAAAAAUAUAUAAUUUUAAUAUAUAUUUGCAUAUUGACUGUUCCCUUAUAGUUUUCCAUUAUUCUAUCUCACCCUUGAGAGAAUUUUUAUUGAAAUGUAUAAAUUAGAAGUGUAACAUUCUUGUUUCAAUUAAAGUAUUUCCAAGAUCCGGAAUCUAUCUGUAUGGCAUUUGGAUCCAGUUGCAUUUGUACUUAUUUGUAUUUAAAAAUUAAGGAUAUUUUGUAUGACAGAAAAGAAUAUCACACGGCUUAUGGGGAAGGGGGCGAUCGCCCCGCUCUUCCCUCCUCCCCUCAGGAACGCGUUUGAGAUUUCAUCAUUAGAUAAUGAUUCGAUAUUCUUUUCCGACUGGGGUUUCUCUAUUGUGAUAAUACCAGUCAUUUUCAAUUAGUUGUAUUAAUUUUUCUUCUCCGCUAAUCAUCAUGACAUCGCAUUUACGCACGAGUAAUUCGUUAUUCGUUGUUUUGUGUGUUCCCGUUUUCAAUUUCAUCACCCUUUUAAUUCUUUUGUUGUAUUCGUAUUGAACUAAAGAUAUUGUCGUACUUAUUUUUAUUUUUGAUAAUAUUUUUAUCACCUAAUUACAUUCUCCCAAUUUUAUAUACUUUUGAUAUCAAUAUUCAAACAGAUUAUGAAAUAUUAGUUUAAUAAUUUUAGUAUAACAUGCAAAUUACAUAGCACUUAACUUUCCAGUUUGAGGCAUAAUAUUAAACUAACAAACAAUUUCAUAUUAUUCGACUUUAACUAGACACUGAUGUCAAUGAUCGGACAAUGUAUAAAUUGUCAACGGUUCCCAAUGAAAAAAAUUAAAAUUAGAUACAUCAUUUUUCAGGCCAAUGGCGUACUUUCCCACUUGAAACCUAUACAUCUUUGCCCGCAAUAUUACUUAAUCAUUAUGUGGCCCCGCCAUAACAAGCAAUGUUUUUGACAACCAAAUUAUUAUAUCUAAUAUAAAAAUAUAAUAAUAUGAGAACCGUGCCUCAUACCUAUCUGUAAAAACGUUUUUAUUCUUAUAACUGAAUUAGUAACUAUUUCUUUGUAAUUUUUCAUUCAGGUAACCGAUGGAAACCAGAAAAAAUCAAAUUAAUUUUCAAAUUUCCCUCUUUAAAUUUUAGUAUGGUGAACUCAUAUUGGUAAAAACUGAAAUUUAAUAAAUCUGCAAGCUUUAAGUUGUUGUAGGACCUCAAUUUGUCCACAAAUACAUACUCAAACAUUUCCUUUUCAUUAUUAUAUAAUAUUAGAUACGUAUAAUAUUAUAUUUAUGUAAUUGAUUUAUAAUUGAUAUUUAAUUUAAAACUUGAAUUUUCUAGAUGAAGAAACAGUAAGAAAAGGGGUUAGUGAAUUUUUCACCGGAAACAGAUGCAUUAAAAGAUAUGAAGAUAUAUAUAACUGGUCACUAUAAUAUAUUCAUAAAUCUAAGGAAUAGUUAAAAUUAUUAUUUAUAAUGCUAUCCAUUACUGCACAAACACAGUCCAUUUAAAAAAAAAAAUAAACAUAUCCUGAUAUUGAAAAGUCAUUUAGAGAAUAAUGAAUUAAGGUAAACAUUAUUUCACUUCUAUUAAAUACUUUAUAAUAUUUAUAAUAUAUACCUAUUGGAUAAUAUUUUGAACUUGUUCAAUUUUAUAGAUUUUCUGAUUAGGUAAUAAAUAAUUCAUGUUUUCUUAAUAAUAUAUUUAAAUUUAAUUAUAGAAUGAAUAAAAUAAUUUGUUUAUUUAAUAACAAAUUAAAUAUAUUAAUUAAUUUUAUUAAUAGUUUGGGAAAAAAAAUUUAAAUAAAACCAAUUUUGUGUGGUAAUGGUAUUAAGUCAUAAAUUGUUACUAUUGUUGUGCCAUAUAAUAUAUUUUUUUGUUUAGUUGGCUUAUAUUUUUGUUAUGACCAAAUCACUACUUUUAUUAUGUUUACUUUAUGCGGACAUUUUGAGACUUAGAUAUUUAUAUACCUGAAGUCCCAUACCACCCUGAUUAUCUCCAUUAAAAAUCAAUGUAUCUAAAUGCAGUUUUUUCAGCAUUAGCCUGUAAAAAAAAUUCCAAUUUAAUAGUAUACAUUAAAAAUAAAAAUAAAAAUGUUAUUGCAAUUUAGUUUUGAAAGUUUUCAAGAAUGCCAUUAUUUCGGCAAAUUAAAAAAAAAAAAAAAAAAAUUGAGUGAAAAUUAACUAGGUUUGAAUAGAUUAUGUUUUUUAUUUCAAGAGAAUUACUAUUUACAAAAGACAUUAUUUCGACAAAUGUUACUAGUCUUUUGUUUUUACUAAAUACUAUUAUGUUCAUGAAAUAAAAAACUUAAUCUGCUCAAACUUAAUAAUUUUUCCAUUCAAUUUUAAUUUUUUUUUUUUUAAUUCGCCGAAAAAAUGACAUUCUUGUGAACUUUUAAAACUAAAUUGCAUAAACAAUUUUUUUUUUAAUGUAUACCAUUAAAUUGAAAUUUUUUCACAGACUACUGCCAAAAAAACUGCAUUUAGAUUUAUUGAGUUUCAACAAUGAUAAUCAGGAUGGCACAGGACUUCUGGAACAUUCAGUAUACUUAGAUGUUUUUAUGCAUAUUCAUUUUUAACAAAUUAAGAUUCCUAUAAUUUAUUACCAUACAAUUUGUUGAAUUUUGUAAAAAAAAUUUUUUACAUGUAAUGGUAAAUUACAAAACAGCCGUUAUGAGUAAGGUUAUUUGGGUUGCUAGAGUAUUCAGAUGCCGAACAAUUUAACGGGAUUGAGUUUUUUAAAAUUAUUUAUUCGUAUUUUUUAAGUUGCACUAUUUGUGCUUUUUUAUUUCGCUUGUGUGCUCAAAUUUCGUCAUGUACAUUAAUCCUAGAUCUAAAAAAAAAUAUUUACAUACUGUUGUACAUGAACUUACCAAAAUUAAAUUACAUAAUGCACUAUGAUAAUUUUAAGUAUAUUGUAUAAGCUUGAAAUUAUAAAAAUAGUUAUAAUUUUGAAUGUUUAGUUAGUUAAAAACUAAUUUAAAAUUAUAAAAUAAUUAAUUUUAAUGAUAAUAAUCAUGUCCUAUGUGAAUAACUAUUAAGUAAAAGUUAAAAUGAAGUUGAGUACAACUACAAAAUUUUUAAUAUUAUUUAUAAUUCAAAACAAAAAAAUAUUUAGUAUUUAUCAGUUAUUAUCCUGCUGCUUAAAACUGGAUUUAUAAAUUGACAUUGUUAUGAUAUUAUUACAAUAAUUAGAACUCUUUAACAUCAAUAAUAUGUGGUUAACCGUAAUGGCAGGAGUAUAACCAAUAAGUUUUUUAAUUAGUAUUUUGAUUACAGAUUUUUUUUAUUACAUAAAUACUAUCAAAAAUAGUGUUUCUCUGGAUUUAUAUAUUGUCUAUUUGGGUGAUUAUUUUUUCUUAGUAUCAAAUAGCUCAGAAAACAAGAUCUAUUAUAAAAUAGUUUGUUAUUAAAAUUUAACUAGUAUUGAUAUUAUUAUCUUUGUAGUUUUAUUUAUUGAAAUGUAGUUUUGAAUUCUGAGCAGAGCGAGGAAUUUAUUGGUUUUACAAUGAUGUUUAUUAUUUUAUUUUAUUUUUUUCUAUGAACAAAUUUUCUACCAGAGAUUUUGUUCUAAUUUUCAAGCAUAGCACUUUUUCUAAAGAGAAACUUGACCGAAUUUGUACUUUAGAAAGAUCAUUUUUUAUUUUCCUAGGUCUUUUUAUAAUAAAUGGAAAAAAGAGGAAAUUUAUAAACUGUAUUAAUUUCAAAUCGUAAAUAUUACAGCCUUUCAAAACAGGUAUAACCAAACUCCGCUCAGAAUCAUUUUUUGUUGGCAACGAUUAAUCAUUGCGUACAGACAUACCAUCAAUUCCUCUCAGUAUCCUACCUUUUCACCUACAACAGUGGGCUAUCCAUCAUGCGAAGUAUGUCUUUAUUUUUUUAUAUAUAUAUUCCUACAGGUACAUACUGAUUUUUGAUCACUAAUAGACUUAUAGAAUUAAAAAGAAUUACUAGAUAUACAAGACUUUAAAAAAAAUAUAUUUAUUUGUAUAAGGUAAUUUUUAAGUAUUAUUAUGAAUAAGAAUUUUGAUUUUUACUGCAUAAUAUUUAUGUAUUACCAACUGUAUAAGAGAUAGACUGUUAAACUCUACUUUUACAAAAUAAAACAAAACAGUA